GUUGGUGGCGAGGCUUGAGAGCUUCAGUGAUCCUGUAGGCUAUACCGGCAGAGGCUCAUGUCUCUGGCAGGUUCAACCAAGCCAGGCAGUUUACAGGUGAGAGGCCUGACGAAAAUCAGCACAUAUGCAGCGCUUCAUUAUUACAUGGGUGGAGGCUUGGCGCCGGACUCGACUGACUAGCUGGUGGACGUAGAACUCGGACGGCGAGACUGCGCCACCAUGCAUCUGAACGAGCCGUCGUCGCCCUCCUCUCUUUCCCACCUCCUCCCCAUGGUCUGCUGGCUUUUCCUUCUCCUGCUUUAUCGUGGUUCAGCAAUGGCUGCAGAAGCUGCAGCAUCCGUGGAAGCCACUCUAGAGGCCUGGCGGAGCACACCCAGUAUUACGGGAACUGGUAAUUCCUAACAGCUUGUUGAAGCAUUCUUCCUACGCAGUGUUUCUUCAAACUCUUCUCUGGAGCUUCGUCACUUGUAUCUUCCUCGCCAGCGACGAUUGGCUCGCGAUGGAUUACAUCAGGGUUGAACAAACUACUUCUUCACCAUCGGCUGACAAUUAUUCGCAUUAUUGUAAUUUCCUAGUAUUCCUUACGACGUUCAUGCGAUCUAAGAAUACCAGCUGAUGUACAUUCCUCCAACGCAAUCGAACGGACUCUUUCUUCGCCAUCGGGUCGAGCUCAUCUCCUGCGCCACCACUAAGGAGAUGAGUGACCAAUUAUUAUACACUUGGACAAACAGCUACUCAGUGAAACAAACCAGCCUUAUUAUAGCACAACGUGCACAGAAGCCAAACAGCAAGACAAAGAUGGGGAGAGAGUCGCGUAACCCACGAGUGCGAGCGUCAUCUACCGGGCUAGAUCGGUAGCAUUCAAACGUAAACUAACUAUGCCACUGCAGUGCUGGUGCUGAUGUGUAGUAAGAGGCACUAGCUGAGUCACCUAUGUGGAUACACUGUGCAUCGUGAGAGACACUCGCCUCCACCUCCUCUGGUCCGCGACAGCUUGUCGAGGCAUUUCUCCAACUGCUAGUUGAUAGCGGCAAAAUAUCAAAAGAAAGGCAUGUCUUGUAAAGAUAGAAAAAACAAAGAGUCUUGUAUGAGUUGAAGAAGUAGUCACACAUCCUGGAAGGUUAACAAUAGCGGAUGCCUUCUGGUACCAAUUAUCAAGUAAAUCGGGACGAUCAGCGACACCAAUGACAAUGUGCCGAAGAUGACUCUGUGGUACAAGAAACGCAAGCUAGCCCGCGCGCAAGCAGGUGGUUACACGGAGGACCGUCCGACGAUCCUCAUGUACUGGCGCGUCGUCGAGGGAUUCACCGAAAACCAGAAACGCCUGCUGCUCAAAUUCAUCACCAGCUGCUCGCGACCCUCGCUGCUAGGGUUCAAGGAGCUGUUCCCACCGAUCAGCAUCGGUAACGCAGGCGCAGACAUCCGACGACUGCCGUCAGCGUCUACGUGCAUGAACCUUCUCAAGCUUCCCCAGUACCCGAACGACGACCUCCUCUCCACCAAGCUGCUCUACGCCAUCGAGUCCGACGCCGGCUUCGAGCUCAGCUGAUGCGGCGCCCCCUGGAGGCCGACGCCGGCGCCCCCGGUGGCGUGCGUGAACCUGCUCAAGCUUCGCCACGAAGCUCAGC